GAAUAACAGCAAAUAGCCCAAAUAUCCCAAGUGGCGGCCUGGUGUGUUUACUUGACCCUCCCUGGUCCCUGCACUCAUCUUCCCAUUCAUUCAUUUUACUUUAAUUUUUCUCACAGAUUCUUCAUCAAUCACACACUCUCAUACACACAACACAAAGAAAAGUCCUUACUUUACCAAUUCCACAUUUCUUUCUCAAUCUCACAAUUAUUUCUUGAAUGCAUCACUCCACUCUAACCCUCAAAUCCCCACUCUCACCCAAUGGGUUUUCAUCGCCAUUUGAAUUUCACCAACACUCCGGACUGAUGAUUCAGGCAGUUCUGGCACCAACCCUUUUCUACAAUCACAAAAUCUUGAAACCCCAUCAUCAAAUCUUGAAGAAUUGUUGCAGUAGAGAUGCCAGAUUUUGUGUGCCCAAGUAUAGUCUUAGUGUUGCUCAUGGGGAGAGAUUGACGAGUGUUGGGGUGGAUAAAGAAUUUGAUGUGGCUACUCUUGGGAAUCUUUGUGUGGAUAUAGUACUUAAUGUUCCGGAAUUGCCACCUAAUUCUCGUGAGGAGAGGAAAGCUUAUAUGGACGAGCUCUCCCAGUCUCCCCCGGACAAGAAAUACUGGGAAGCUGGUGGUAACUGCAACAUGGCUAUAGCUGCAGCAAGAUUAGGACUCCACUGCACAACAAUUGGUCAUGUUGGAAAUGAAAUAUACGGGGACUUCCUUUUGGAUGUGCUUCGCAAAGAGGGAAUUAGCAUGACUGGGAUGAGUGAACAGGGUCAGAUUACUAGUAGUUCAAGUGCAGAAUAUGAAACACUUCAAUGUUGGGUCUUGGUGGAUCCUUCACAACGACAUGGUUUCUGCAGUCGUGCAGAUUUUAGCAAGGAACCUGCUUUUAGUUGGAUGGUCAAACUAUCAAUGGAAGUAAAGAUGGCCCUGAAGCAAUCAAAAGUCCUGUUCUGUAAUGGCUAUGGCUUUGAUGAACUCCCUCCUAGUCUGAUUGUUUCUGCUUUGGAGUAUGCUGCAGAAGUUGGCACCUCAGUUUUUUUUGAUCCUGGACCUCGGGGAAAGACGCUUGCUAAUGGAACACCUGAUGAACAGAAAGCACUUGACAUGCUUCUGAGGAUGAGCGAUGUUCUCCUUGUAACAUCUGAGGAGGCUGAAUCAUUGACUAGCAUUGGAGACCCAAUUCUAGCAGGACAGGAGUUGCUACGAAAAGGGGUCCGCACAAAAUGGGUGAUUGUAAAAAUGGGUCAGAAGGGUUCAAUAUUGAUCACCAUGUCAAGUAUUUCUUAUGCUCCUUCAUUUAAGGUAAAUGUUGUUGACACUGUGGGUUGUGGUGAUAGCUUUGUGGCAGCUAUUGCAUUUGGAUAUAUUCACAACUUACCCCUGGUACAUACACUGACAGUCGCAAAUGCUGUGGGUGCUGCUACUGCCAUGGGUUCUGGUGCUGGUAGGAAUGUGGCAGCCUUGGGAAAUGUCAUGGAACUCUUGAAGAGAUCGAACCUCAAUGAAGACGACAAGUAUUUGAAGGAUGUUUUGAUUAACGGAUUACAUGGUCAGGAGGUCACGUUCCUUUCAAGAAAGGCCGUAAACGGAAGUAAUAAGCAAUUAGUCCAUGUUCCUGUGCAAAAGGUGGUGUCUGAGGUUUUGCCAAAGCUUGAAUUUGGAUUACUUAAAGGGAAUGUCCCAGUUUGAUACCACAUUCAGCAUGAAUAUUUUCAAUAUCUGGAACUGCAGAAUAUAGUUGACACAGAAUUAAAGUUGCAACAACACCGUGAAAACAGUUUGCCUAUGAAUGCCUGAAUUAGGUACACCCUGGGAAAAGCUAGUAUGUCGAAUAUAUAUUUUAGUUUUAGUGGUUUUUCUUAGAGGUUCCAUGAUAUUCUUACCAAGUAGUUUAAUGAUGAUUUCGGCUGCCUUAGAUUAGCAGCAUAUCCGCAUAGGCGGGUAGGGACAAUAUACAGUUCCGGUUGUUUAAGCAAGCAUCUGAAAGCUUCUUCAUCUCUUUAUACCAUUUGAACAUGUAAUACUUGUCGAAGUGAUUUAAUUUUGA